GGUUUGGUGCUGCACAAUUCCAGUUCCGCGCUAUAUAAUGGGAUCUAAAUGUCCAAUCUUGUCACUCACUCCUGAUCGGACUCAUCGUUGAAACCAAGAAAAGAAAGGAGAAGACGAUCCUAAACCCCCAAAGGCAUGGGUCUGAAGGAGGAUUUCGAGGAGUACGCCGAGAAGGCGAAGACCUUGCCCGAGAACAUUAGCAAUGAGAACAAGCUUAUCCUCUAUGGACUCUACAAGCAAGCCACUGUUGGAGAUGUGAAUACCUCUCGGCCUGGCAUAUUCAACCAGAGGGACAGGGCCAAAUGGGAUGCAUGGAAGGCUGUUGAAGGCAAAUCAAAGGAAGAGGCAAUGAGUGACUAUAUCACCAAGGUGAAGCAGCUCCAGGAGGAGGCUGCUGCAGGCGACUCUUAGGUCUUACAAGUUGAACCAAACAGCUAUUGUCAGCUGGACUCUAUGCUACCUGAUCAUGAGAACUAGAUCAUUAAAUCAACUGGGGAUGUGAACCAUGUACCUGUUCAUGUAUUGUUUACCUAAGGUAUCCAUUUAUCUAUGAAGACUUUAGUCUUUUAAAUUGUGAUCUGUCUUCGUAAUGUUGAGUUGCAUAAAACACUGGUUUGCAGACUAGUUAAUUAUAAAGGCUCUGUUUGGAUCUCUAAAUUGUCAAAAUCAAUAUCCAGGUGGAAAUGGAAAUGGGCUGCAAUUUAAUUGUUUUGUUUGGUUA